UGACUGGGUACUAACGGUUUCGCACCGUGAGUUUCUCUCUAAGCGUAGGUGUGUGCGUGCAUGCGCAUUGCUACGCCGUCUCCUCAGCCAUUGCUCAGCAUCUUCUCUUUUCUGCUGGAGGACCUGCUGUCACCUCUUCUUCAGGACAGGACCUUGUGGACAUGGCUAGUAAAGGUGCUGAAUAUCCCUCGGUGUUCGUGGUGGACAGCCGGGCCGGAAUCCCUCCUUUACCCCCCAAGCCGGGCCAUAGGCAGGCCCAAAGACGGAGAAGCAGAGUGACCCAGACCAUGCUCUACUUACUGGUCUCCAUGGCUCUGUUUGGCAUAGUUGUGGAGGCUUGCUUGAUCUACCACCUCUACAAGACAAAGCAAAGCUCAGAGCCUCUUAAUAAGGAUAAGGACACUCCACAAACUGAUGCAAGAAAAGGUGAACAUGUCAUGGAACACCCUACAGUCCCUCCAAAGAGGACAAAACCACCUCUAUUUAAGAAGCCUUUAAAGCCUCUAGCGCACCUGUCAGCUGGUGGUGAACGGCCCGGUGCAGACGGAGUCAUGCCAUGGAACGAUAAAGUGGACCUUGAUCUUCAUGAGCUGGAGUACAAAGAAAAUAAGCUGGUGGUUGAGAAAGAGGGCUAUUACUACAUCUACUCCAAACUCUGCUUUGAUGCAGAUGAAGCUUCCUUUCACCACUUGGUGGUGAGGACUACGUCGCGCUUCACGGGACCUUAUAUCGAGCUUCUACGUAACCGCUACUAUGGAGACCACUCCAAACCACCCAAAAAAGAAGGAUCCAUGAAAAACAGCUAUGUUGGUGGCGUGUUCCACCUUUACAAAGGUGAUGCUGUUUUUGUUGUGGUGAAAAGUGGCACAGUUCGCCUGCAAAAUGCUGCAGAUAACUAUUUCGGCAUGUUCAUGGUGUAGCCAGAAUUUCCUUUACUCAAAUAGUGCAGGGCAUGAUGAACGUAUUUGCUGUUGGACAUUUUAAAAGUGCAAUAAGUGAUGGGAUGAUAUUUAGCUUGACACUCGUAAAUAACUGGCUUGGAAGGCCACAUGAUAAUUUGAAUAUGAUUUAGCAAGAACUGCAGACUUUUAGAUGACUGUAAAACAAUUAUGUACCUUUUACUGUUGAGUAAAGACUUUUUACUGGAAAAAUGUCCUUUAAAAUAUUCAGUUUUAAGUAUCUAAUAGCCCAAAUGUGGGGAUCUCCACUCUUAAAAUAAAUGGUUCUUGGCUUGGACACAAGAUUCUAGGAAAAACAUUGGCAUAUUAAUAUAGAACUGUUGCAUUAUGUGGAGAUUCUUUCAAAAUAGCUUUAAAAUAGUUCUUUAUAGAUCCACCUAUUUAAAUGUACCAUGUGUUUUUUAAGGCAUUAUCAUAAAGAACCAUUUUUAGCACCUUCAUUUUGAAGAAUGUAGGCCAACCAUUAUCAUUGAUUUUGAAGUUUCCACACAAUAACUUGGAGUCACUGUGGAAGACUUGAAAACUUUGAUGUAAAGUAUACAUGGUUCACUUCUGUGUCAACAAAGCAGAAGAUACAGAAGGUUGUCCCAAACCACGGGGGACUUUACAGACAGAACAGCGUCUCUGUGUCAUGGCAAUGUAAGCCCUUCUAAUUUAAUCAAAGUCUUAAUCAUUUUAAACACAUGCAGUACUGCGUAAAAGUCAGAGACUGCCCAUCAUUUACUUCACUUUCAGUCAGGCUGUACAGUUUCUAUAUCAGGAAAACAGCAGAAGACAUAUUUAACAGAAAAUUACACAGACAUCUCAACAACUAAAUAUAAUGUAAACAUCAUUUUUUCAGUAUUUAGUGUGUCCACUGUUUGCUUUUAUCACA